GAGCUUACAAUAGAACUCCCGCGUAAUGUUACCAACAGUCAAAGCCGCGACUUUAAAUUCCCUACCCAGCAAGCAUUCAACUCCUCCAUUUCUUUUUAAAUUGAUUUUUAGUAUGGUGUCUUUUCUAAAAAAAUAAUAAAAUCAUAUUCAAAAUAAAAUAAAAUCCAAAUCCCUUAUUCUUUCUGCAUUUUUCCCACGAAACUUCCCUCUUUAAUCUCUCCAGUCUCCACUCUCCUCCUCCACCUCUACUUAUUCACUGUCUCAUUCAAGUUUUGCUUUUUUGGACAAAAUUCCUAUACAAUUGUUGUUGUUCUGCUUCUCUUUUGAGAAUUUUGAUGUCCCUUUUGACUUUCUUUUUCUUUUUUUCUGGGUUGAUGCUUGAUUUCGAAGAUAUCAAGGAAAACAAGUUUUAAGGGUUAGGCUUGGUUGCAUGAGAAGUUAGUCGGUGUUAAGUCAAUUACUUGAUUGGUUUUGUUCGGUUUGUUGCAAUUUAAAAAAAAAAAGAAUUGGGAUAUGGAUGAAUGUCAAUCUGCCAUCCCAGCACAUGAUGGAGAUCUUCAUGUGGUUGCUGCUGCUCACCAUAUUGUCAAGGCAUUAGGAACUACAAAAAAUCUUAGUGAUGAUUUGAGGAAAAUCCUUAUCGAUCUUGAUGCGCACUUAUCAUUGAUAACUUCAAAUAUCGAUAGUAAGGGAGGAAAGGGAUUUGUUGAAGUUGAGGAGCGACUGAAACGAGUAGAGAGGAAAAUUGUGAUUUGGGAGUCGGAUCGAAUAAUGAUAUGGGAUUCUGGACCCAAGGAAGUUUCCGAUUAUCUAGAAGCCGUAGAUGAAGUUCAGACACUGAUAGACAGUUUACGCGGCUUGUCCAUGAAUGAAAAUCAGAAGCAGAAGGAACUUCUUCACCGUGCAUCAAGUUUAUUGCAGAUGGCAAUGUCAAGGCUUGAGGAAGAGCUUAUUCAUAUGCUUGUUAAGCAUAAGCAACAGUCUGAACCGACAUACAUGCCUUCUCCUUCUUCUCAAAGGAAUGUUGUUUACAAUGAGUCUGUUGUUUCAUUAGAUAAUGAGUCAGCCAAGGAAGCAUCGAGCAAAAGCUCUCGUAGCGACGAAUGUGGUGAAUAUAUUGUUGAUUUGGUCCCUGAACAUGUAAUUCCUGAUAUCAAGUCCAUUGCAAAGGUUAUGUUUGCUUCAGAUUACGGUCAGGAAUUUUGUGAAGCUUUCAUUGGUGUAAGGAAGGAAGCAUUGGAGCAGCAUUUUGACAUUCUCGAAAAUGGAAAACUGAGUAUUGAGGAUGUGCUGAAAAUGGAGUGGUGUAGCUUGAGUACCGAGAUGAAUAAAUGGAUCUGGUCGAUGAAGAUCAUCUUCCGUGUCUAUCUCAUGAGUGAAAAACGGUUAUGUGAUCAGGUCUUAGGGGAGUUUGGAUCAGUUAAUUCAUUUUGCUUUCUUGAGAUAGCGAAGACUACAAUUCUUUGCCUCUUGAAUUUUGGUGAAGCCAUAGCAAUGGGGCCUCAAGAACCCGAAAAGCUGCUUCGUCUGCUUGACAUGUAUGAGACUUUGGCAGAUCUUGUUCUAGACAUAGAUGCAUUGUUCUCAGAAGAUGGUGGUUCUUUUGUUCGACUCGAGUUCCACAAGCUUCUUGAGGGAUUGGCUGAUUCCGUAAAAGCAGCAUUCAACACGUUCAGAGUUGCUGUUUCUUCAAAUGUAUCAUUAUACCCUUUCCCUGGAGGUGGAGUUCAUCCUCUCAGUAAAUAUGUCAUGAAUUACAUCAGUAUGUUCCCUGACUAUAGCAGCACCCUCAAUUUGCUUCUUGAGGAUCAACAUUCAGAUGUUGCAAGUCUAGUUAGUGAGCCACAGUGUGGACCAACUGCGUCUCUUUCCACAUCUUGUCCGAUGGCUUGUCACCUUCGAUCAAUCACAAGCUCUUUGGAGUCCAAUCUUCAUAAGAAAUCUAAACUAUACAAGGAUGAAGCUUUACAACAUAUUUUCUUGAUGAAUAACCUCCAUUACAUGGUUCAAAAGGUUAAGGGCUCGGAACUCAGGCCUUUCUUCGGAGACGAAUGGAUCCGUAAGCAUAACGCAAAGUUCCAGCAACACGAAAUGAACUAUGAGAGAGUCACUUGGAGUUCAGUCGUUUUGUUGCUCAAGGAUGAUAACCCUGGCUCGAGUUCCCUGUCAAAAUCUGCUUUCAAAGAAAAGUGCAAGGGCUUUAGCAUUGCCUUUGAGGAGGUUUACAAAAACCAAACAAGUUGGUGCAUCCCAGAUCCACAGCUUCGCGAAGAUUUGCGGAUUUCGACUUCACUUAAAGUGGUCCAUGCAUACCGGACUUUUCUUGGAAGAAAUCCUGCUCAUGUUGAUGAUAAAUGCAUUAAGCAUACUGUUGAAGAUGUCGAAAAAUUGCUCUUGGACCUUUUCGAAGGAUCACCAAGAUCGUUGCGCAAUUCACGAAGAAUGAUGAAGACAUAAGCUGUCAAGUUUUAGCCAUUUUUGGGUAUUUUCUUCUGAAUCAAGUCUGUAUUUUCGUAGAUAUAAAAUGUGAUUGUAAUUAACAUGUUUCAUUUCCAAAAUUUUCUGUUUCUGAUUGCUUAUGAUUGUCUUUGCCUGUGUUUCUCUUGGCUUGAAAUAACAUUGUUAUAAACAUGCAUCAAUUCUAGGCAUAUAUCCAGUUCAUUCUCUAGGUAUAA